AUGGGGUUUCUUAUCGUAGAUGGCCGCAAAGUGCCGGUGGACGAGACGGUUCUGGAUCACCUUUUAGCCCCACUUGGUUCGGAUGAGGAGGUGAGGGCCACACAACUGUUGACAGCGGCUGGGCGCUUGCCUGCAGGGCAACCUCCAACUGCAACGAUACCUGUGGCCAAAGCUAAAGCCUCGGUUCUACCGGCUUCCAGAUCCAAUCGAAUCACGCGGCCCAAGGCCCGACAGCUCAUUGCCGAGGGAGACCAUGUCGCGCCGCCCUGCACGUGGUGUGGGCUUCCAACUGGUUGCUUCUGCGACCAAUGCAUGAAGCCGGUGUGCAGUGUUUGUGACCAAGCGCUGGGGCAGUGCGUGGAAUGCUGUUGCCGAAACAUGGGCUGCACUGAGGGCCAGGCACGGCAGCAUGCGGCACUGGUGCUGAAAGAAGUCCCUGCGGAUAGCGCAUCUGGAGGGAUCUCCCGUUCUGGAUUUGGCCACAAUGUGGACCCAGCCUUCCUAGCACUGCCGUUUGAACAGCAGGCCGAAAUCUUCUUGGACGGCGGGGUCCCGGUGAACCCCGAUGCGCAGCUUCGACAGCGUCGUCGCCCAGAGCCUAUGCAGCCGUCGAGACCGCGGCAGGAGACCGCAGAUGAGGCGGCGCGAUGGCAGGAGGCCAUGCACAGGCAACGUGCCGAAACUGUUGCACAGCGAGAGGAAGAGCGGCGACUAGCGGGGUUGAAAGCAGAGGAGGAAGCCAAGAUGCAAGAGCACAUAGCUCGCCAGAACGCCCUGGCAGGGACGGAGCGCAAGGAGCGGAGGCGUGGCGCUGGAGCUGCCCCAAGCCGCGAUGCAGGAGGCGAAGGCCAUGGCUAUGUAGGGCCCGGCGGGGAGAUGGCAAACCUUGCAGGCUCGGAGGAGGGCACGGGGAGCAAGGCACGGAUGCGGCGACUGCGACAACGGGCCAACCGUGAGGCAGCUGCAGAAAAGAAGAAGGAGCAAGCCGCACAGAUGGCCAAAGAGCAGUUCUUGCGCGACACAGCUCAACGGUUCACAGAGAGGCAGUCGCCUUUAGAGCCAACGGAGCCGCAGAAGUCCAAGGAGCCAAAGGUCAGAGCACCCAAAGAGCUGGCUGAGAACAAGAUCGCCGAAGAUCUGCUGAUCGGCUUGUGGGAAGCCAAGCUGACGUCGGCCUCUGCGAGCUCUGGGAGCACUUGA